GUACGCCAUUAACUCCACCAUUUUUGUUUAUCUGGACGGAGGAAUAGGUUAUGUCAAUAAGUUAUGAUGGUAGCAAUCAACAUUUUAUUUAUUGUGUAAAAAUAUCAAGAUCAACGAAGUUUAAAAUUCUCUUGAUUUUCCCUCGUUCAACUUUUAUUUAAAAAAGUUUUGUAGUAAAAUUGAUUUGAUUGGUUGUUGUUGAUAGUAAAGUUGAUAAAUGUCUGUUAGCUUUAUAGAUUUGUCUUCUGAUGAAGAAAUAGAGAUUGUAACUGAAAAGAAGGUAUGCCCCAAGACUAAAAAUAAUCCAACUGUUGGUUCAAGUGCUGUCCAGAAACUUAAAAGGAAUUUUAAUAUUGAAUUAACUAUCAAUUUAGAAAAUUCACAGCAAACAAAAGAAAAUGAAAAGGUGAUCAGUAGACCAGUAGAAAAAAAUGGAUUUACAUCGUUUAAGAAUCUUCAGAGAAUACUUAGUUCGACUCCAAAACACAGUUUAAAUGGGGAUAAUGCUCCUCGUAAGGACAGUCUUACAGCUCCAGAUGUUAUAAUUAUAGAUAGCGAUGAGGUUAAAGAAGAACGGCCACAGAGGCCGAAAGAGGCACAUAUAACACCAACUCUAGCUUCUCUAAAAAUCAACACCAAGCCUAACAGCAUUGCAGAAAAGGCAUCUAAUGUGGUUGUUGAAAAUGGAGAUGAAGUAUUUAUCAUUGAUGAUGACGAUGAAGAUGAUACGACUAGCAGUACAAGUCAACUUAGCAAAACAACAAAAACUCCGCAAAUUUCUGCUAAAAUAUUUAACCAGAAAGCAGGCAGUAGUCUUCCACAAAAUAAACCAAAUUCAACUCCUACCACGUCUAAGGUUUCUACUCCUUCAUUACCAGUUUCAGCUGCUUCCAAACCCGUUUAUAAUAAGGUACACACUAUUGUGGUGCCAUUGUCAUCUGUUUUUGCAAGUCCAAGUUCAUCCAUGCCAAAGGUUAGUUUAUUGAAGCCCACUUCAAAGAACGAAGAAAUCGUUAUUUUAUCUGACGAAACCGAUCAAAAAAAAGAAUCUACUACAAGAGCAUUAAGGCCGAGGCAAAAAAAUAAUUCUCCAAGACUUUCUUCAUCUUCGGUGGGAGGUCAAACAAAAUCCCAAUCUUCUACCAAAGCCAAUAGUAGCGUAAGAGAUAGCAAUGGAAAUUCAUCGGGUCAGUCGACUUCCAAAUCAUUACUUUCACAGAUUGAUUUAACAGUCAAUGUCAGUCUUGACAAGACAAACCAAGAACGAAUAAACAGAUAUUCUGUUGAAAAUAUGUUUGACGGACUAGUUAAAGUAUCUUGUAAACUUUUCCAAGAUGAAAACUUAAGCACAAGACUGUGGAGGUAUUUUAGAUCAGCUUCGGAAGAUGUUUUGAAAAGUGAAGAAUUUUUGAAUGCUGUAAAAUCGGCCUUGAAAAGUGCAGAAGAUGACAAAAAUACAACCUUUGAAGAUAAAGUUAUCGUAUCGCGCAACUUAAAAGAAGUCAUGAGGAUACUUAAAAGGCAGCCUGAAAGAAUUAAUAGGACCCUGAGGAAGUUGAAUAAAAUGCUUCAGAUGUUGAAUGAGAGGAUUCAUAAACUUGAAGAAAUGGAAGUAACUUCAUCUUCAGAUGGUGAAUCAGAAAAUGUAUACUGCCUUCUUGAUAGGCAUCGGACAAGGGCAGCGAAAAUCUAUAGCAAAAUAUGCGAGCUAGAAGGCAAAGCAGCUCAUGCUGGGCGGGCAACUUUGCAAAAGUUUCAUUUCUCCGGAACAUCUGGCUACACGAAAAUCGAGCAUGCCCUUGAGAGGUACUUCAACAAGACCCGUCUUUUUCCUGACUUUUUGGACGUUAAGAAGUUGAUUGAAAUUACUGUAGAGAAAGAAAAGAUUCAGAUUUCUCCCAUUCAAAUACACAAUAUAGCACAAUCAGUUUUUUUGGAAUUUGGCAAUAAAUUACAAAGAAUGAGAAAAUGUGAUGAUUAUACAAUGCUGGUAGAUUAUCUCGAUGAUGGAACUAAAGAUCCUGCUCUUGAUGAUGAACAACUCUUCAGAAAACUGGAAGAAAACAAAAAGAACAUGAAGAAAGAAGAAGAGGUCCUGGCCCAAUUCGUUGUGAAAGAAGCCGAACUGAAAAGCAGUGGUGAGAUCAAAACUGACGAAGAAGAUGCAGCUGAAAAUGACAGUGGUGAUGAAUCUACAAAAGAAAGUGAGUCAGAGAAGAAGAACCUCCAGUUCUCUGAUACGGAAGACGAACUGAUCAAUGAGGAUGUCGAUUCUAACAAGAAAAGAAAGUUGUCUCCCGACAGCGAAGCACCAUCGCUGUCUCAUAAGAGAACAAUGGCUGACUUGGAUCAAAUGGAGGUAAAUCUUAAACUGGUUACAGAUGUCGAAGAAAACAGGAUUACAACACGGCACACACGAAGGAGCUCAGCAGAAAGGGACAUCAUAAUGGACCAGCUGGGGCUGACUUCUAAAGGCAAACAAAGCAGGAUCUAAUGUUGUUUACUCUUAUUCCAAUGUAUACGUAAAAACUUAUUUUUUUAUAAGUAUUUGUGAAAAGAAAUUGUAAAUAAUUAUAUCCCGCACUGUAAAAUACCAAACUGCCUUAUUAGUCGUAAUGGAUGAAAAAUAAUUUUUUUUUCUAAUUAUUAAAUGGGUUAAAUUGUAAAUAUAUUGAUGUAUUUGUUUUAAAGACAAAUCGUUGCUCUAAUAUUACUUAGAACAUAAGUUCAUAAAGAAAAUAAGUCUGAUAACGUGAUAGGAAAAUCAUCUUUUGUUUCUUAUAAAUUAAUGCUAUUCAAUUUAUACAUUUCAAUUAUAGCUGGUUUUGUUAAGUGAUAUUGAGCUCAUUGAAGUGUAAAAUCUAUACCGCAAAAAUGUUCAAGAGUAUUAUAUGUUUAAGAAGUUUUUGUUUUAAUGGUUGGAACCAUUAGUGUUUGGAUUUAAUCAUAUCAGAUCCACCUUUUGAUUUAAUUUGCAGUAUUUAUUUAAUAGUACCAUAAGUAUAUUUAAGUAUGUCACCUCUUAUUUUGUAUUUAUGUCAUAAGAUGAUAUUAUAAAUACCAUAAUGCCAACUAAUAUUUGUAAAAAUUAUUUAACAUACACUUGGUUAUGUUUUAUAAAUUUUAUGGACUUUAUGUGAACAGUGCUCCAUAAAUAGUUUUAUUUCAAUAAUUGAUAAAUGAAGUAUUGGGCAAUUAUUAAAGAAAAGCACGAUGCUACUAGUCACAGUUUUUAUCAUGUUCUAUUGUUUCUUUAAAUAAUGGAUUUUAUUUAUUCCAUUUCCUACUUUCCCAUAUCUCAGGGUACUGUUCUCAAUCGUAAAAAUAUUCUAAUAGGAUUUAUGAAUGUAAAUAUAAAACCUUUUAAACCACUGCCAUUGAGAUUGUUGAUACUUUUAUUUGAAUGGUUUCUUGUUGUUUUUUUUUAAUCAAUAAAGACUUUUUUUUGUGAAUUA